UAUUUCGCAAGACGGGAAUCUCCAAGCUCAUUGGAGGAGAGACAUGGGAAUUAAAGCUUUAUUCAUCGGUGGAAAUGAAGGAUUCGAUUUCGAGGGCGCUCGGUGGGCGAUCGAAAUGGUGGCUUUCAGUGGGCGGCAUCACCUCUCCUUUCUCCGUUGCUAGAGACGAGAGUAUCCCUCUUUCUCCGUUGUUUUGUUCAUAUCGGAGUCCUUUGCUCUCGGGCACUCUUUCUUUGGGAGGAUUUGGACGUUUGCGUUUUGCUUUUUGCUGGAUUCUUCUUUUUUGUUGAUUUCUGCAGCGACUUCAGCUUUAAAGCCCAGAAAUUUCAGUUGAGAGAGCUCAGUUUUGUUCUAUAAAGAGAUAAAGUAGUCAGUGGCGAUGUCGAGGUUGAUUGAAGGAGAAGGUGGUGUUUAGGGCACAAAGCCCUAACUUUUUCAUCAAGAGAUUAAAGUACCAGGAGUCGUUCUUUCGACCUUCCACAUGGGGAAUAUGAGUAGCGUCAGGGAAGGUGGAGAUGGGGGCAGCUCGCGCUCGCGAGCAGGGUCGGACGACCUCAUGGGGCAGAGUCCUCCGCAAAGCCCUAAAAGUGCACCUCAGCUGCCUCUCCUCUUUGCUCCUCAGAUCCCAGUCACUCCACUGCAGAGACAAGAGGAAAUGCAAAGUAAUAAUAAAGGGUUACCAAAUUCUAUCACCUACGACGAUGUGCUUGAUGAACACGGGAUUCCAACAAUGAUCAACUGGAACCAUGGUGGCAAGGAAGUCUUUGUGGAAGGAUCAUGGGAUAAUUGGAAGACAAAGAAACCAUUGCAAAGGUCAGGCAAGGACUUUACGGUCAUGAUAGUACUUCCUUCAGGCUUCUACCAGUAUAGGUUCAUUGUCGAUGGAGAAUGGAAGCAUGCAUCUGAUGUGCCAUGGAUGAACGACUAUAUGGGGAAUGUUCAUAACAUUUUAGACUUGCAGGCAUUUGUUCCAGAGAACCUGGGAGGGGUUGCUGGAUUCGACAUGCCCCAAUCCCCAGAGUCAAGCUACAACAACCGCCCACUCGGUUCGGAGGACUUCAGCAAAGAGCCUCCCUUUUUACCUCCACAACUCCAAGGCACCCUUCUCAAUGCACCAACCUCCAUUGAUUGCCCCUCCUCUGCAAGGCUUCCCCAUGUAGUGCUAAACCAUCUCUACAUCCAAAAGAGCUGCAGUGGUCAGCCUGUGGUGGCACUAGCGAAAACUCAUAGGUUUCUUUCCAAGUAUGUCACUGUGACACUCUACAAGUCCCUGGCAAGGUGAGAUAUUGCCUGCUAGUGUUGUCAAAUAAAUGGCUUUUGUUUGGAUUUCCAAAUUAUUUUGCUUGUUUUAGAUGUGAAGCUUUGAGCUCUCCUAGUUUUCUACAUUAGGUAGCAUAUGGCUACAGUUUAGCCAUGCUGAUCCAUAUAAACAAAGUCAAUCUAGUGUUGGUUGUUGCUGUUGUAAAUUUCUGGUUGUCUUAAAUGAUAGGAGGAUUUCACUUUAA